AUGCCCGAGUGGCAUAAUAUCCUUCAGGAGAAUGCAACUCCAAGCGACGCGUCAGCAUUUGCUUCUUCGGAGUUGCCAACAGCGGGAUCGAUUUCUACCAAAUCGGGGAAGUUGAGAGCCACAGCCUAUCGUUCCGCUCCGUGCCCACGUACUAUUCUUGCGGUCAUAGCCGCGAUCAGCGCAGUUGUAUUGCUGGUGUUUUUUUGUUCGCGCGUUUACGGGAGACGUACCAUACAGGACUUUCGAAGCCGUAGGCUGGCCAGCUCAGAAGACAGCGAUGCGGAAAUUGAUGUGUGCGGCCUCUCUAGUGAUGAAGAGGAGGAGCAACAGCACCGGAGCCGGCAUCUCAGUUUUCCUCCUGGAGAAAAGCAAUCUUUGCCCCUUAAAAAGAGAUUGUUGACAAGAGCAGCGGAGGCCGGCUUCGGAACAGCUGCGCCAGUUGCAGCGGCAGGUGUAUAUGCUGCAACAGCAGAUAUCAACAGGGUUGGGGCACCAGCAACAGCAGCAGGAGCAACUCCAGCAGCAUCCGGACCAGCCGGAGCCCUAUCAAGAUUGGUCUGUGUUUUGGCACCGUCAGUUGUUGGAGCAGGAACAGCUGCAGCAGAGUUCGCUGCAACAGCAGCAUCACCUGCAUUGGCAUCACGGGCCUCGGCAGAGGAACAGCUGCAGCAGAGUUCGCUGCAACAGCAGCAUCACCUGCAUUGGCAUCACGGGCCUCGGCAGCACGAACAGCAGCAGCGGAGGCUCCUACAGCAGCACGAACAGCAGCUGCUGCAAGUACAGGAACAGCAGCAGGUAUUACAAGAUGAUGAACAGCAGCAGGCCGUGCAAGAGAAGGAGCAGCAGAGGACGCCGCAGGAGAAGUGUGAAAAGCGCCGGCAGCGUAAGCGGAGGCGGGAAGAACAAGAAGAGCCAGACAUACGGGACGAAGAGCAACAGCAGCUGUUGCAACCUGUCGAUCCGCCGGCCUGGCAGUUGAUGGUAGAUGAAUGGAUUGAACCGGAGUCGCCGAGUCCCGAGGCGCCUGAUCCGAGUACCUUUCAACAGUCAUUGCAGCCUCCUGCUGCUCCAGCACCACCAGGUCCCUCGAGGUCAGAGUAUUUCCCCAUGCAGGUGAUUCCUGGAUUGCCACUUGCUUCUCCUGAUGCAUUCCAUGAUGGUGCAUUCCCUGCUGGGACGCCUUCGCGGGAUGAAGUUGCUGUAGCUCCUGCAGCAGGGGCUGUAGCAGCAAACGAAGCAGGUGCGCGUGAUGCGCAUACCCCUGGCCCGCCCCUGGCUUCAUCGACGGCAACAACAGAAGGCAUGGGAAUUCGGAUGCCGAGGCUAUAUAAUAUACUGACUGGUGGCGAUGUUGAAGGAACAGGAACAACAACAGCAGCAGGUUCCGCCAUACCCUCAUCUGAAUCGACGCCGGCCAUCAUGGAGCUACCAGAGACGCGAGAAUCUACUAUUGCUGCUAUGAUGGAACACCCGUUCGUGCGUCUGCCGAGGCGAACAGUGGAAAUUGUUCCGUCUGCGCUUCUGGUGGACAUGAAGAGCGCAAUGGGCGCACCUGGCAGGCGGCACCCCUUGCCGCUUCUGCUGAAGGCCCAUGAACUGCUGUCACGGCGAUAUUUGACUCCUGCGCAGUUACCAGAGUUGGUAGAUAUUGCAGAAGGAAUUGUGGGGCAUAUAAUGCAUUACCAGUCCUAUGACGUCACAAAUCUUCCGACCUGCCGCGCAGCUGAGCGGAUGGGAUUGUGGAAGCGUUUUGCAGACUCCAUCAGCCACGCUGCGCCUCCACUGUCUUCAAGGGGAAACUACCCAGGGUUACCGCUUUUCAAUUCACAUCUGACUGAGAAUCUCAGCCAUGCAAUUCAAGUACUCAAAACGGGAGCUAGGCCGGAACCCGUAGAACUAUUGCGGCUCAAGCGGAUGCUCUUCUGCUCGCCGCUGUCUCCUACGCGUUUGAGAGCCAGUGUUUUUGAUCCGUGGAGGGAGGACGACAAGGAUUCAACCGAUAAACCGUAG